UGUUUCCCGUAACGCUUUCCCCUCAGCUCAUCGAGAUCCCUGAAGCGCACACAUCGUCCCCGUGUGCCAUCCCGAUUCCCGGGAAUGUGCUACGCACUGGAAUGCGAUUCGCCGAGAAUCGGUCUCGGCAGAGCGAUGCACUGGAGCGAAAGAAAAGCCUCUAGUGCCGCGGUCUGGGCUGGCACACACCGAGAGCACUAGUGUCGUUCCGUUUUUCCCUACACCCCGGUCAAAGAAGAACGCUUCACGCAAUUAGAAUGCGUUUCGCAUUUUAUCCUUUCGGAAUUACAUGGCCUCACUACUACCCAUCUAACGCCGCUGGUGGAAUGACUGCUAAGCAUCCUUCCGUUAUACAAGAUACCCUCUCUCUGUCAAUCAUUCUCGUCUAAGUUGGAAGAGAUUGUCCCAGAAGCAGAAAGGAGAAAGCUGAACAUCACCCACCCGAACGGAACAGCAAAAGGAUCUAUCCUGACCGACAGAACGGCUAACGGUUCAGUUACCAGCGGGAAGUCGUAGCGUUCGGUUCAGCCAAGCAGGAGGAAAAAAGGAUCCAACCGCAGCAACGGUGCUAAUUUGUAGCUAAGUGCAUUUGUGCUCCAGGCAGUGCUUCAAAGUCACUGGUGAUUGCAGUUCUAGUGAUUAGUGCAAGGUGCAAAGGUACUUCGAAAAUCGGUUAUUUCGGGUGCAGUGGGAAGUGAGGUGAAGCAGCAAGCGUAACAAAGGUCAAGUGAUUUCAUCCACCCAGGACGCUAUGGAUAGUAAAGAGUUCCGACGCCGCGGUACCGAGAUGGUGGAGUACAUCUGCAACUAUCUGGAAACGUUGGAGCAGCGCCGAGUAACGCCGUGCGUUGAGCCAGGCUAUCUGAAGCACCAGCUGCCGGACGAGGCGCCGGAAGAACCGGAACCCUGGGAAAAGAUCAUGCAGGACGUGGAGGAUAAGAUCAUGCCGGGCGUAACGCACUGGCAGCAUCCGCGCUUUCACGCCUACUUUCCGUCCGGUAACUCGUUCCCCUCGAUACUGGGUGACAUGCUGAGCGAUGGGAUCGGGUGUAUCGGGUUUUCGUGGGCGGCCAGCCCGGCCUGUACCGAGCUGGAGACGAUCGUGCUGGAUUGGUUGGGCAAAGCAAUUGGACUGCCCGAUUCGUUUCUUGCACUUAAACCCGGCAGCCGUGGUGGUGGCGUUAUACAGACGUCCGCGUCGGAGUGUGUGCUGGUAACGAUGCUGGCCGCCCGGGCCCAAGCGAUCAAGUAUCUGAAGCAGCAGCACCCGUUCGUCGAGGAGGGCCACCUGCUGUCCAAGCUGAUGGCGUACUGCUCGAAGGAGGCGCACAGCUGCGUCGAAAAGGCGGCCAUGAUCAGCUUCGUCAAGCUGCGCAUCCUCGAGCCGGACGAAAAGUGUUGCCUGCGGGCGGACACACUGAUAAAGGCAAUGGAGGAAGACGAACAGCAGGGUUUGAUACCGUUCUUCGUGUCGACUACGCUCGGUACGACGGGUUCCUGUGCGUUCGACGAUCUGGCCGAGAUCGGGGAGGCCCUGCAGCGCUUCCCGAGCGUCUGGCUGCACGUGGAUGCGGCCUACGCCGGCAAUGCGUUCAUCUGCCCCGAGCUGAAGUACCUGCUUAAGGGCAUCCAGUACGCGGACUCGUUCAACACCAACCCGAACAAGUGGCUGCUGACGAACUUUGACUGCUCGACGCUGUGGGUGCGCGAUCGCAUCCGCCUGACGUCGGCGCUGGUCGUCGAUCCGCUGUAUCUGCAGCACGGGUACACCGAUUCGGCGAUCGACUAUCGGCACUGGGGCGUACCGCUCAGCCGCCGGUUUCGUUCGCUCAAGCUGUGGUUCGUGCUGCGCAGCUACGGCAUCUCCGGGCUGCAGGCGUACAUCCGGCACCAUAUCGAGCUGGCCAAGCGGUUCGAGGCGCUCGUGCUGAAGGACAGCCGAUUCGAGGUGUGCAACGAGGUGCGGCUCGGGCUGGUCUGCUUCCGGCUCAAGGGAACGGACCGGAUCAACGAGAAGCUGCUGAGCAGCAUCAAUGCGUCCGGCAAGCUGCACAUGGUGCCGGCAUCCGUCAACGAUACGUACGUCAUACGGUUCUGUGCCGUGGCGCAAAAUGCCAAGGUUGAGGAUAUUGACUACGCCUGGGACGUCAUAACGGAUUUCGCCUCGGAAAUACUGGAAAAGGAACAGGCGGACGAGGUCAGCGAGAUCGUCGAUCGGCGCAAAACGCACACGCUCGCCCAGAAGCGCUCGUUCUUCGUGCGCAUGGUUAGCGAUCCGAAGAUCUACAAUCCGGCGAUCAACAAGGCUCAGACGCCGCACCGUAUGUCCACCGAGUUGACCUCACCGGGACACGACGGUACCGUGGUGAAGGUACAGUCACCCAAGACACCCGGUUCGGCGACAUGGAUCAGCUGGCCAUUGGCAUUCCUAUUCGCAUCCGCCGAUGAUGGCACGAAGAAUGAUGUCACACUCAGAUUCCGCCACCUUGACACGAUGAUGCGACUAUCGGCUUCACGGCGCAACUCCGCUACGGGCGGAUCGUCCCCAUCGCCCGAAGCCGAAAACGGUAUUACCCUGCUGAAGUCGCCCAAAAAAUCCCCGAUUCUGAUGCGAAAGCGUGGCUCAUCGCCGAACCCACCACCGACGGCGGUGGGUGCGAACAAUGGCUCGGCAAAGUAAAAGACCAAACCCACCACCAUCGCUCACCGCGAUCCGGUUAGCUGUAGGAAAAUGAAAUUGGAAACCAAAUGAAGCAAAACGAACGCCUGGGGGAAGGAAACAACACCGUAUCAGGAAGAAACACAAUAAUCCCGAAUAAUGCACAGGCUCUCUUUUAAUGAAUCUACUACACCUAUCACUCGUUAGUAUAUGAAAUCUCUGACAUCAACACUACCGCUAAAACUAAUACCAAGAAAGACUAGGAAAAGUGUAUCAAUCCACAACUCCCCGCAAGUCUUGGAUCAUUGGAAAGGAAUCUAAACACUCAUGUCCCUGGAACACGCGCAAAAAGAGCGAUCCUCUAGUAGGGUUAGACAAAUGUUGAACUUAUCUUUGCUGUAUUUAUUCCCACAAUCACACAAAUAAACACAAAUGAUCGAAUCAGA